GGUCACAUCAUCAAAUUGUCAUCAUUAGCUUUCCAGCAGUCAACAACGUUUUAGUAGCUCUACAAAUCGCUCUAGAUUUUUUACAUUUUUACCAAAAUGAAAUUCAUCAUUGUUUUCGUUGCUCUCUUCGCCGUCGCCAUGGCUAACUCCGAUCAGGAUGCACAUAUCGUGCGUUCGGACUCGAAUGUAGAGCCACUGAGCUACCAAUAUGCCCAAGAGACCAGCAACGGUAUCAAAUCAGAGGAAUCCGGCAGCGUUAAGAACUUGGGUACCGAACAGGAAGCUAUCUCCGUUCAAGGCUCAUACUCCUACAUUGGUGAUGAUGGUCAAGUUUACCAAGUCAACUACAUCGCUGAUGAGAACGGUUUCCAACCCCAAGGUGCCCAUAUUCCAGUUGCUUAAAUUUAUGAGAAACUGAAACAUUGUUGCCUAGUUGUAAAUAGUUGAAAAAAUUAAACAAAAUAUAAUGAAUUCAAAAAAAUA